GAGCAGGGACCCAAGUCGAAGAUGGUUCUCGUUCUCGCCAUGCUGGGGGCUCUGUACCCCAGGGCCGCGCUGAGCCGCCGCCUCCUCAGCCUCAUCCUGGCGGCUGCGCUCCUCUGCCCCGAGGCGCUAAGGCCCCAGCGAUCUGUUCCUGAGGAAUUUUCAGCCCCCCUGGAACUCUUGGAGCCACUUUCUGGCCUGGUGGACGACUAUGGGGUGCGACCCAAGCACCCAUGGCCACGACGGCCUCGACCCCUUCUCUCCCGGGCCCAGCAGCGCAAGCGGGCCGGGCCGGACGUGGCCGAGUAUUAUGACGCGCACCUGUGACGGGAACCCUUAUGACGCGCACCUGUGACGGGAACCCCUCAUAAAGCUAUUCUGUGCAGCAACGGCUUGGGCUUUCCCGGGAUGGAAAGGAACUGGGCAAGGGAGGGGGUCCAAGUAGACAAGCAGAUGAGACCCACUGCAGUCCCAACAGGAAAUGGCACUUUAAUAGUUGUGGCCAGCAUACAGGACUGAGAUGGGGCUACCGCCGAAGCAGCCAAGGGGCCUGGCGGGCCCAGGCCUGGGCGGAAGCCGCCUUUUCCUGCUGAGGCAGGGCCCCCUGCGGCGCUCUCCCUCCCUGUGAGGCCGCACCCCUGCCAGGGGCUGGCAUGCCGGUGAUGGUAGGAGCCACCCAGAGGCCACACAAGUGACAGGGCUGGGGACAGGGACUGCACCCCUGUCUGCUGCUGUUUUCCUUGCUGCAAAGCCCUCGGGAGGUGGCUGGGCUCAGCCUGAGCUCAGGGCCCUCCGGGAGCUGGGGGCGGGGGUGGGGUGGGCACUCACAGGUGGCGUGAGCUUUGUAGAGGCCCGGAGGCCCUGGCAGGGAAAGUGAGGGAGGCCCAAGAUGAGACAGAACCCUCCGCUCCGAGGAUGGGCACCCUUCCUGGCCAGAGGCUUAACACCACCCCCCAGCCCCACUCCCUCCCAAUCCCUGGGCAGCCCGCUCCGUCCUCCAUAGAUGAAGCUGAUCCCAUAUAUUACGAUAAACUGCAUUUGCCUCUCCCCAUAACCCCCCCCCCUCCCCCACCCUCGGCCAACAGCCCCCCCGCUUCCCCAUCCUCUGGUAGUGGCAGGUGCCCCUCCUCAAGCAGUGCCAUGUCCUGUCAGCAGCCAGCCAUCCUGGCGCUGGCCCCAGGGCCCAGGGGAUGCAGAGGGCGAGGCAGCGCUGCUACUCCAGGUAGAUAUCUUCUGUGGGGCAGGUGUACUCCACGAACUGCUUGUAGAACUGCUGGAACGCUCUCCUAGGAGGCAGGCAGACACACCAGAAUGACUGGGGAGGAACAGGAUCUCGACCCAGGGUUUUCACACUGGAGCCUCGGGGUACCCGGAUGGGGCUGCGCCUCCCCCAGCCAGAGCUGCUCAGCUCUGUUCUUUGCACACAGUGUUUCCUGAGUGAGAUUUCAACUGAAGAAAGGGCCCAGCAACCAAGAAGUUCGGACCUCAAGACCACCCAGCCCUCUCUCCAGGCCUCUGUGACCCAAGGACGCCAUGCCGAGUGCCGGGGAGGCCUGAGGGAUGCUGCCAAGCAUGAGGAACGUGUUCGGGGCCUGAGACCGGGGCUGGCUACAGGGCUGGGUGUUUGGCAGGACAUACACACACGUACCCCACGGAUUCUGCCAGGGCUUUGGUGGAUUCUUCAGACACAAAGACAUGGCAGGCGAACCGGUGGUCGGCAGGGUGCUUGGUGAUGAACCCAAAAUACCUGUGGGAGGACAGCAGUCUGUCUGGGCGGGACGGGGGCUCAGAACCCUCAGGCACACACGUGGACCCACGCCCUGAACCACCACCCGCGCCUUGACCUCUUCCCCGUCGUGUUCUUACUUGUUGUUCUUUGGAUGGUAUCCGCAGAAAGAGAUGUUUUUUAACUGGAAAAAGUGGCUACAUUUAUUCCCCUACAGGAGGGAGGAGAGAAGAGGGUGGUCAUCAGCCUGCAGGGGCACAGGUUGGAGGUCUGACGGGAGAGCAGGGCCAGGCCGGGGCAGUCACCUUGGCCUCCUGGGAGUCGUCAGCCUUGACGCCUAUCUUCACGCCCCGCAUGCUGAUCUCUAGGACGCAGCUGGAGGGCGGGUUAAAGUGCACGGUGAGCCGGCGGGUGGUGGCAAUCUGUGGGUGAGGGAUGGGAACAUGAGGUGCUGGGUGGCCCUCUCCCCAGGAGAGGAUGGGGACCGGGCCGGGGGUAGGCACCCUUCCCAGUGGAGCAGGUACCUUUUGCAUAGCGGCACAAAGGACAUCAUUGCCCUUGUGAUAGGGAACCUGGACUGAGCCCAGGAACUUCACCCGGAACUGGUCCACCCAGUCGCUGUUUUUGGUCAGGGCUGGAAAGCAAGCGUGGAGUGAGGAGUGCCAGACCCAGCAGAGGAUGCACCACCCAGGGCUGCCCCUACUUGGCUGGGCCUCACUUUUCUCGAUUAUGAAAUGGACCUGAAGUCACCACUGCCCGGCCCCCUCCCUGGGUGGUUUAGAUCUGAAGCACAGGUCCGCCCGGCA